AAAUACAGAAUCUCCAUUCCACCAAAUAAGGAGUGCUCGUCUUUGUUUUUCUAAUUAUUUAGAGAUCCUUAUUUCUUCCAUGACCGACUCUUUUGGAGUCCCAAUCAAAAUAAUAAUCUGCCAUCUCUCCCUUUUAAAUUAAAUUAAUGGACUAGUUUUGGAGAUUCAGAUACCAAGAAUUUAAAAUAAAAAUGAAAAUGGUUUAAAUUAUUGUUUUUUUUUUUUCCUCUUUCUCUCUCUCAUGCCAAAAUCUCUCAUUUCCAUUGCUUAAAAGAGAGAAAGCAAGAAAAGAGAGAUAGUGUGGUUGUUGGCAACUGCCUUCUCCAGGAGGCAGUGAAAAAUAAUCAAUUCAAUUCAGACAGAGUCUCCUGGGGUGCUGAAUUCUUCCUUCCUGUACAAGCAAUCUCUCUCUGUAUAUUCUUCUGUUUUCUGUAUUUCAUUUUUCUUUUUAUCAAAAUAUGGGUGGGUCCUCUCCUUUUCUGUAAAAUACAAUUUUCUGUUCUUUAAUCCCUUGGCCUACAAGUUUUCAACUUUACUGUUUUUCCCCUUAGAAAAAUCCAUUUUUAUUCCAUUCAUUACUUGCAUUUCAAUAGCCAAUUUCUUCUCUGGGAAACUGUAUUUGAUAUGGGAGAAAUCUCGCCUGAGAAAAGAUCAGGCUGUGGCCUGUUGAAUGCAGUUUUUGGACGUCGAAGUAUUUGGCCUAGAAGAUCAACAUCCACAGGUUCUCUUCAUACCUUCACUCCAAACAAUAAUGUAAACUUAGUACAAAGCAUGCCGGCUUCAAGAAGACAAAGUGGUGGCUUUGAAGGAUCGACUAUCCUGGAUUCAUCAGAUGCCCCUUUGCAUAAACAGGUUGAUAGAGUCAUUGCACGGCCGGGCCAAAACCACGCGAGAUCCCCUCCCGUGUAUCAGCAACACCACCCGCCUCCAAUGGCAGCUGCAAAAAGCUCGCCUAGCCAACAAGGCCAUGGCCAAGCGCGUAAAGUGCCUCGAAAUGGACUUGGCAUAUCUGGAGAGCUCGAGAGCAUGAUCACCGAUCAUCAGCAAUCGAAAGGCGCAGGUAAGUUAGUUCGUGCAUCGUCCAGUAAUGUGAUGUUGUUUGGAAAUUUGGGUAAUUUGAGGCAACAAGGUAGCAAUGGGAAUUCGACAGCAAACAAUGUUCUUGAUUAUCUUCCAAAAACUGGUAAAGAAGAGCAAUCACCUGCUAGUGGGAAAUACAGUACUAGUGUUAUAGGGAAUGUAGUGAAAAAAAUUGAAAAGCCUUCUCUUUGUCGUGCUAUUUCCACCAGGAUGGAUCCUGAGCAAUUGAAAAUUUUGGGUAAUGAAGACUACAAGAAUGGCAGAUUUGCCGAAGCUUUGGCUUUGUAUGAUGCAGCCAUUUCUAUUGAUCCCAAUAAGGCUUCUUAUAGGAGCAACAAAAGCGCCGCACUAACUGCUUUAGGCAGACUUCUUGAAGCAGCCUUUGAAUGCAGGGAAGCAAUUAGAAUCGAUCCAUAUUAUCAACGAGCUCAUAAUAGAUUAGCAACUCUAUAUGUCAGAUUAGGAGAAGCAGAGAAGGCUGCUUAUCAUUUCAAACAGGCUGGAGCAGAAGCUGAUCCUGAUUCAAUGAACAAGUCCAGAAAAGUUCAAGUUCAUCUGAACAAAUGCACUGAGGUAAAGAGGCAGCGAGAUUGGAAUACCCUUAUAAAAGAAGCUACCCUUGCUAUAGCAGCCGGUGCUGAUUCUGCACCACUGAUAUUUUCCUUAAAAGCCGAGGCCUUGAUGAAACUCCAUAAGCUCCAAGAAGCAGAUGAAACUAUGGCAAAAGGUCCAAACUUUGACAUCGAUGAAUGUAUUAAAUUCUUCGGCCCAAUUGGUAGUACAAGCCUGUUACUUGUUCAUGCUCAAGUUAACAUGGUUGUUGGCAGGUUCGAUGAUGCUGUGGCCGCUGCUGAACGAGCAUCUAGGUUGGAUUCGAACAACAAGGAAGUAAACACGGUGUUGAGGAGGACAAAGGCUGUGGCAUUAGCUAGAUCAAAUGGCAAUGAUUUGUUCAAGGCAGCAAGAUAUUCCGAGGCAUGUGUUGCUUAUGGUGAAGGGCUCAAUCACGAUCCAUACAACGCAGUCUUGUUAUGUAACCGAGCUGCCUGCAGGUCCAAACUUGGCCAAUUUGAAAAAGCAAUAGAGGAUUGCAGCGCUGCACUAGGCGUGCGCCCUUCUUAUAGCAAGGCUAGAUUAAGAAGAGGCGAUUGUUACGCUAAGCUGGGAAAAUGGGAAGCAUGCAUACAAGACUGUGAGAUGCUGUUAACAGAAAAUACGAACGAUGAGGAGGUAGAGAAACUCUUGAAGGAGGCUCGAGCAUGGAGACGGCAUGGAAGCCGAGACAUGAAGAAUGGUUGUGUUCAUUCUAAUGAAGUCGUGCUGGUAUCAAGCAACGAAUGUUUCCGAGACUAUGUUACAUCUCCCGGUAUAUCCGUGGUUUUGUUCUUUCGCAAGCUAAGUGACAGCACAAUUAUGCAGUUCAUUGAAAACCUCCACAAGAGAUAUCCAUCAGUCAACUUCCUUAAGGUAGAGGUUAAAGACAAUCCUUCCAUUGCCAAAUCUGAAGGCAUAAACUCGUUGCCAGCUUUCAUUAUAUACAAGAAUGGUUCGAGGGCGAGAGAAAUCCCGGGGGACAGCCAUGAUUUGUUAGAGAGCUCUAUCAAAUUUUAUGUCAGUUCUUGAUAUGAAAAACAAGGUUAGUUACUGAAGUGAAGUCGUAACAAAAGAGCCAUGAAAUGUGGAAGUUCCGCCCACAACCUCAGCCACAGCGCCGGCCGGAUCCUUGAGGAAGUGAUUGCACAAACUUCGGUAGAUGGCAAAGGAAAUGUAGGCUUUGCUAGGGAGCAUAAAGGAAAAUUCAUUGGAUUUCGUUUGAUAUGCUUGGAACAAUUCAUUGAUUGGAAUUCAGCUGGAAAAGAUUGAAUGGGUGAAACAGUAAUCAACAAUGAUUGGGAUUGUAAAAUUUUUGUAAUUAUUUUUAGUUUGAUAUGCUUGGAACAAUUCAUUUAAUUUAGCCAAUUGUUACUUGUGUC